AAGUUAUUGUUAUUUUAAUUAUCGUGAAUACAACAAGUCAAAUGACCCAGUAAGUCACUGUUCACCAUUUUUAACCGGAACAUUUGAAGAACUGAAACGGAUUUUAUAGCAAGAGGAUAAUUUUCUUGAUUGUUGCUGGAAAAUAUUAUCUCGUUAAUUAUCUGCUUUGCUGAACGUAUAAUUAUUUUCACUUACAUUAUUCAAAAGGAAGAAGGAUGGCCACAGCUCAGUUGCAGCGACCGAAAGGAGCCAUUGAUACCUGGACUUCUAUGAUGCCCGACCCAACAAUUUCCAUACUGCAAUCAGAAUCAUUUGUGAAGAAGUUAGUAGCUCUUGGAAUUUCUAAUGUCACAUAUCUUCGUGCUGUGUUUCCUGAUCAAGCUUAUGUUGAUCGCCAACUUGAAGGUAUUCGCUUGAAAAUAUUACGAGAUGAUGGAACGUGCCCUGCUGCAGCCCAAGUUGUUGCCUGGCUUAAAAGUGCAUUUGAUGCUGUCAGUAAGAAAUAUUUACGACAGUUGAUCUUGGCAAUACAUGCGGAUGGGGCAAAUCCUGAUAAUGCUCUGGAGACAUACACUUUCCACUUCACAUACAAAGAAGAGAAUUUGAGUGGGUGUAGUAUAUUAAGAAAGAAUAACAAGACAAAUGAGGAAGUUGCUUCAGUAAUGAGCACGUCCCUCACUGAGAUUCGUGGUACCACCCUGGAGAUGUUGCGCACCACAAUUCAGCUCACACAGUCUCUACCGGUGCUGCCUGACAAAUGCGGCAUCUCCAUGAAGUUACUCUACUAUGAAGAUGUGACUCCUGAUGAUUAUGAGCCACCAGGAUUUUAUGCAGUUGAAAAUUCCGCAUUUAUGUUUCCAAGUGAAUCAUUAAACUGUAAACUUGGUGAAGUGACAACACCUUUCCAUGCUCUUAAAUUCAAUGCUAAAAUGGAGAUUACAAAACUUGAGGACUUGAAAGAGGUUAAGGCUGGUAGCCAUAAAAUGAAGAAUAAAUACCUUGAGAAGAAGACAGAAACUAAAAAUACCACAAAACUACAGGCACAGGAUUUCCCAGUAGAAUUACAUUCGAACCAUCAUACACAACCUGAAGAACUAGAUAAUAUAUGUAGCUCCAUAAGUGUAGAUGGCAACGACGCUGCAGACAGUGUUAUGACAGAAGAUUUGAUUCCUUCAACCCAGCCUAUGUAUGUUAGGAAGUCCAUUGUACAGCCCCAUCUGGGGCAACCUGCAGAGAAUGUGGCUGUUCCUUCCUGCAGCCCUGCACAACCAGGUCUUAAUUUGUACCAACACUGA